UCACCCGGGAACGGCAAAGCCACGCUCCACCGGCCGGACCUCCCCAAUCCUUUGGUCUGACGCAUGGCGACGCCUGCAACAAUGGUUGUCUCUGACAACACCAGAGCGAACACCACGGUGGAUCAGGGCCAGUUGGGCCGCGGCGAGAAGCUCCUCUAUCCGAUCUGUACCGCGGCGACCGCAGCCGAGCAAGGCGCAGCCUACUGCAAGCCCGGCAUGCACGUCGGCAAGGCCAUACCGCUCGCUCCUCAGAUUGUCGCUGAUAAGGCGACGGCGGCAGGCGUCGGCCAUGACAUGAACGAACUCGCUGAACGCGUGCUCCGCGGCCUUCCAAUCCUGGGACUCACUGUCGCUUCUUCCGCCGUGACUGGUCUCACCACUGGUGCGCCGACCCCGGCAAUGGGCUUCGGACUGUUCCUGAUGAUGCUUGUUGGCCUCUCCGCCGUCAGUAUCCGUGUGCUUCGUGCUUAGGUGUUGUGGUACGCAUGCCAUGGCAUCGCAAUAAUAAUUUGUGACGUGUCCUAAGUUUGAUGCAAAUUGUCGUCUGUCUUUCGUCUGCUUUGUAUUUGUAUCUAUUUUUAAAAGUUGUGUUUGUAUUUGUUUCUGUUGUCAGAUGUGACUGAAUUUCCAUGAGUUAUACAAAUAAAUUCAACAAGUCAAUCUAUCCGAU